GUUUAUGAUAAUACUCGGGAACGUUUAAUAGUGCUACAUAGUGAUUGCACCGGCUCAUAAAUACAUCCCCUAUGAGGUUCUGUUUACAGUUUUAACUAAGAUUAACAGAUUCUUAAAAAAUAACAAUUACUGACUUGCUGUUAAUAGCAUGGAAAAUGUACAAAUUGCAUAUAAUUUGUAAUGUUUUUUGGCUUAUCAUAAUAUUUUCUUACACACAACGGUCGUCUCCAUGCAGCCAGCAUACAGAAAAAAGAAGUCAUUUAUCCGGAUACAAAACACGUAAGUCAAUAAUAUUGGAUUAAUAUCUGGCUCUCGAGGGGAAAAAAGCAAAAUGUAGAAAAAUAACAAAUACCUAUAUUUUUUGUGCCCGGUUUAUUUUUUUAACUUUAUUGUGAUUAAAAGUACUGUUAAAUAAAUGAAACUACAACUUUACAAAUCUAAAAAUAAGAAAUAACCAAAUAUUAAAAUAUGUUAAUGUGGAAUCACCAUCUAUAGCCACCUUAAGAAUUUGUUCACAUAUCUAUAUGUUAUUUUGUCCACAGUUAUUUAAAAUCGGUUGACAAUGUAACCGUAUAUACAACUGGCUCAAUACUUGGUUAAUAUUUCAUAGCCUAAUGAAAAAUACUGUAUGAGGUGUUAUUUUUACUUUUUUAAAAUUUAAUUUUCACCUAAUAUGACCAUCUUAUGCUAUCUUAUGUUUGUAGUAAUUGAUGUGACUCAGUAAAUUAAUUAAUGUAGAUAUAUUCAAUAAUAACCAUAUGUGAUAUCAAAUUAAAAAUUAUACUAUUAAUGAAUAAAAUACAAAUGAGUGGCCAUAACAGGGAUACUGACCAUAGAUUAUAACUCAACCCUGUAUUUUAUAUCAAUAACAAACUGCAAAGAAAAAAACAUUGUUAUUUUUUAUAAUUGAUUCAUUGCUUUCAUUUUAAAUUUGAAUAUUCAAAUACUUAUUCCAAAUAAAUAGUAUACUUACACAGUUAUAAUAUCCAUUUUUUUUUUUUUUUUUUUUUUUUUAAACAAUAGAUUAAACUUAAUGAAUUUUUAUUUUAAAUGAACAAACUUAUCCUAUAUAUUAGAAUAAUUAGGGUUCAAAAUUCAAUUAGUAUGAUAUUUUUUUUGUAGUAAAUGGUAAAAAAGUCUCAUUUAAAAAUGUUAGAUAGUCCCUAUAAUAUCUAAUAUUUUUAUCUUAUUUUAGUGCUUUUUGAUUAUCCUGGAUACCUGUUUUUUUGCCCCCUGUUACCUACUAGAUGUAGUUUUACUAACAAAUCUUGAUUUAUUUUUGAUUAAAAGUCCAACAUAAUAUCUCACUUGAUUUGGCAUGUAGAGCGAGCCAUAUUUUGAACUCUCACACAUCCAUCAGCCAAAAAUAUUGUUAUGAAGGCUAUACAGGUAGUUGAGAUAUCUGAAAAGUACCCCUUUUCAAUUUAUCAUUUUAUUUUUCCAAUUGUUUUUUAUUAAUUUUGGGCAAAAUAUUAUUUGCUUAGGUUUCAAUCAUCAUUUUUAAAGUUUUCAAAACUAGAUUUAACAAUUUAAAACAGUGGUGAUCAAUCUUUUUUACAGAGGGCCAUACGAAAUAAUAAUGAUUCUUAGCGAGCCAAGAAUUUAAACUUUUACUUUUAAGUUAAAAGAAUAUUAUAUUUUACUGUAGGUACAUCUUAAUAUGCGUUCUUUUAUAUAUUUAUUUAUUUAUAAUGUACUGAUUGUUAUAAAUAAGAAAAAAAAUGUAAGUAUAAACAUAAAUUUUUUUAAUGUGAGAAAAAAUUUUGAAAUUUAAAGUUAUUUUUUUUUAUCAAUUUUGAUUUAAUACUUUGGUGGAUUGAAAAGGUGCUAUACUCAUAAUAUACUUUCUGGUAGAAAAAGUGUUAUAUAAAAAUACAAAAAAUAAACAUCAUCAUAAAACCAAUACAUUCUUCGCCCCAUUCAGAAUCUAAAAUAAAAGUCUAUUUUUUUAGAAUAUUUUUUGCCCGUGUGUGAAUGAUUAAAUGGUUAUUAAUUUAUAAUACUAUUUCAAUUAUUGAUAUUGUUUUUUUUUUUUUUUCUAGAAUUUGUAUACAAUGAAAAUGAAAUUGAAAAAUUUGUUUGGUAAAGAAACUCACCUUUAGCAGCACAUUAUAGGGUAAUAUAAGUUUUAUAUUUUAUAUAAAAUAGAAUUCAGUACUUACAUAAUAAAAUGGAUAAUGGAAAAUUGAAUAAUGCCAACAUGCGUUUGAAGAGAACCUCUGAUGAAGAAGAACCACCUAGUAAACAUCAGCGUUUAUUUUUACAAAAUAAUGACCAACAACAUUGUGUAUUUGAUGAUUGUGAAUUUGAAAAUUCUGAAAUUAACGAACAGAAUUAUGACAAAAUUUCUGCAAUGACCAUUAACAAAAAACUACAAGUUCUAGAAGUUAGAGACAGACUUUCACGUAUAAGUUCAACCAAACAAUCUAAAAUAAUAAAUGUGGAUGACAUUAAACCAAUGAAAGGUACUUGUCUUGAUAUGUGUCCAGAAAAAGAACGUUUAAUGCGUAUUCAUAGUAAUAUGGUUUCACAAUUUGAAUGUAAAACAAUAGAUUCAAAACUAGAACCAGUUUUUGAAUUGAUGGUCAAACAAUAUGCUAGAAGCUCAGCUGAUCAAGCUAAUCCAUUAUCCCAUGAAUUGAGACCAACACCAGUACUUGUUAAAACUAUGAAACAUAUGCUUAAAAAUAUAAUAUACCCAAUAGAAUCCAAAGUCGAACAAGACUUACUCAUUUGGUAUGAUUUUUGUUGGGAUCGGUUGAGAGCGAUACGCAAAGAUAUUGUUCAACAGAAUUUACAAAAUUUAAAUGUUGUAACAAUACUUGAACAAAUUGGUCGGUUUCAUAUCGCAUGUUAUGAUCUAAUGUUGGGUUAUUCUGGUUUUGAUAUCAAGUUGAACACUGAAAACUUGAACAAUUGCAUUCAGAUGUUGAUGCCUAUGUAUAGAGAAUUGGAAGAAAAAUGUCCAAAUGAACCAGAAUUUGUUUCCUAUGAGUUACUUAUGCACUUGGGGAAUCCGCAAUUUCAUACUACUUACGAUUUAUUACCGAUCCAUAUAAAACAAACACCAGAAGUAAGAUUUUGUAUUAAAGCGCACACUGUGUACUUACAUUCAGGUAACUGUAGAGAAUUUUUCAGAUUACUAAAAAGUACAACAUUUAUGAAUUGUAGUAUUUUACAAAGGAUUAUUCCAAGUAUUAGAAAUAACAGUAUAAAAAUGAUGAAUAUAUCCUUUACAACUAUGAAGAGAAUUCAUAAAUUGGAUAUGAAAUAUAUAAUGGAACAAUUGUGUUUUAAUGAUAUCAAAUCGGCCUACAAAUUUUGUACUGAUGUUCAGCUGAAUUGUACCGAAAAUUAUGUAGAACUAUCACGUAAUGUAUCUAUACAUAUUCCUGAACACAAAAGACAGCAACAAGAGCUAUUCAUUGUGCAGAAAAGGCAAAAUUUAACAACUUUAAUCUCUAAAACAAAAUAUGUGUCUGGCGAUUUCAUAGUUGGUCCAGUUAAAUCGAGCUUUAAUAGUAAUGGUCGUUUUAUUGGUUAUUCUAAUUAUGCUGACAAUGACAAUAAUGAUAAUGACAUUGAUGAUAAUAACAAUGAUGAUAAUGACAAUGAUGAUAAUGAUGAUAAUGACAAUGAUAAUAAUGACAAUGAUGACAAUGAUAAUAAUGACAAUGAUGAAAAUGCAAAUAAUGAUAUUAAAAAUGAUGAUAACAAAAUUAUAACAAUUAUUAAUCUUAAGGAUGGUCAUUCAAAUUCUCAAGAAAAAAUGGAAAUACAACCACCUCCGAGUACUACAAUAGAGAAAUUUUCAUUUGAAAAUCUAAGUAAUUUGCAUUCAAUGACUCCAGCAGAAACACCAGCUUCGACAGUUUCUACAUUCCAAUUUAACUUACCUAAACCACCUAUAAAUCAUUUGGUAUCACAAGUUCAAACACCUAGUUCCAAUUUUGAAAUACCAGAAAAAAUGCCAAAAUCAUUUACAUUUAAUGCUACUUUUGUUCAAUCAAAUUUACCCUCCACAGUAAAUUCAUUGGUGACUUGUAACUCACCAAGUCCUCUUAUAACAUACAAUUAUGAUUUGACAAAACCUUCUGAAGAUUUAAUUCAACCGAGUCUUAAUAUGUCUUCUAAUAUUAAUUCUGAAGAAAAAGUCCAAUCUGAACAAUUGACAAAAAAACAAAUUAAAAUUGAUGAAAAAACAAAUACAAACAUUGGUCUUGCCAAAAUCUAUUUUGAUAAAUGGCAGAAUAAUGUAAACAAUAGAAAAUCAAAAUGUAUUGAAGAAGUCUUUGCACAUAGUGGAUUAUUUAAUUCAGAAUGUAUUUCUUCAUUAUCCUCUUCUCAAUCAUCAGAAAUAUCAUUUAAUUAUGGUGAGAAUGUUAUUGUUGUUCAAGAAGAAUCUGACUGGGUUCACAGACAAUAUCUUUUAGCAGAAAAGUAUUUCUAUAUUUGGCUAAAAAAGGUUUUACGCAAGAGAAGAAAAUAUGAGAUGGAAGCUGCUUAUGGAAUGCCAUGGUCAAUGUUUAUGCUGGUACAUGGUACACCAAAGGAAAUAUUGCAGAGUGGAAGAAAAAAAAAGAUAGAAGAAAGAAACAAACACUUAAAAACUCCAAUAAAUCAUCCAUUAAGUUAUAAUAGAACUAAAGAAGAUGACAUAAGUUUUAAUAUUGCAAAUAUAUUUGUUAAAAAUGUUUUAGAGGCAAAUAAAGCUAAAUUAACUGGAAACAAGAUAUUUUGGAAAUUAGCUGUGAAUUAUGGAAGUUGGCCAGAACCUUAUUGUAUUCAAGAUAAAGUACAGGCAAUUAUUUAUGGUAAAAUGGGAUUCAGUAAUAAGCAAGUGCAAUCUAUAUAUACUGACUAUAACAUGUACUUUAUAAAGUCAGUGCAAAGUUGCAGUGGAUUACAUGAUUGGAAGAAAAGCGGUUUGAAUGCUAGUCUUAUUUUCACAAACACCAAUAAAGAAAAUAUGGAAACAUUGUUUAAACGCUUAGAAUUGAUUUUACACUCAACACCUAAGGCUAUACCUUGUGUUUUAAUAUUUUCUUCUAGCUCAAAUAAAGACAUAAUAAAAGAUUAUGAAUCAGUUUUAGAUGCAUAUCGUAUAAAUGAUUAUAUAAACAACUACACUAUCUACAUCUGGGAUGGACCAAAGACAAUUCUAGAAGCUAUAGAAUUUUUUUCUUUAAAUUAUGUAGACCAUACACCCAAUAUGCGUACAGAAAAUUUAUUUUAUAAUUUACUUAAUUUCGCUCAAUCAUUCUAUUUGAAAGUACGUAAUUUAUUACCAGAAGAUAAACCAAAUAUUAUUAUUGAAAAGUACAAUCAAUAUUUGGACAUUUACAUUGGUCACUUGGGUAGAAAAAAUAAAGAAAUAAGAUACUUGGCACCAGAAUUAAUUCCUUACUAUACUCGAAAUCCUGAAAAAUUUUCAAUUUAUCAUUCCAACUUCAAUAUAAAAUAUUUUGAAGAAUUAUUGAACUUCGGUCACCUGUCAUUGUACAAAUCAUGGCCCCCCCAAAAUGUUGACAGUUUAAUUGAAUAUAUAAAGAAUAUGUGCCAGGUUACAAAUCGUAGAUGUUGGUGUUUAGACAUAUUACAAAUGCUUCAGCUAAACAGAAAAUCUGAUUUAGAAGAUUGUUUAUUGAAUGCCAAUUGGUAUGAAAUAAUCGAAAUGUGGAUUCAAGGAGCUUUAGAUAAAUGCUCUGCUAAACAAGAUAAUUUUACUGUAUUUUACACUGGUGACCCUAUUGCAGAAGUACUCAAAACUGUAUUUCCAGAUUGCUAAACAUAUCAAGUUGGACAUUGGUAAAUAAAAACCUAUUUGUUGUAUACCUAUACGUGUUCAUUUAAUCAUUUACCUAACUACAUAUAGUUUUUAAAUAUUAUUAACAAUAACUCUUUAAGUUCUUGGCUCUUUGAAAUGUGACUUAUUUUAUGUAAUUAAACAUUUUUUUUUUAUCAAUAUUCCUAAAAAUCCUAUUAAGUAAAUACAAAUAUUUUAUUUUAUUUAAUAUACUCUAUUGUCUUGUCUAUAUUAUACUGGCAUAAAACUAAUUUAUUAGGUAUUUUAUAAAUUGUUUUUUUUUUUUUAUGGACUGGAAAGAAACUUUUGAAGAAUUGAAUUAAUGUAAAUUAUUGUUAAUUUUAAUAAUUGAAGAACUUGCACCAACAACCAGAUAAAUUCACUUAUUGUUUAAUUCACUAAAUUGUUCAUGAUGAAUAAAAAAUAUAAAUUUUUUU